AUGCCGCCCGCCAACUCGCCUGACGACCCGGAACCCGCCUUCAUCUCGGCCUUGCGUGAACUCGAGAGCCCCGUAAACCACGACGUCCUCAACCUCGCCGCCACGCUGGGCACCCAGACGGACCAGGGAGAAGACGCCAUCAUCAUCGAGGUGCCCGCAGGCCUCAACGCCGACGACGACGACAUUGAACGCGCCCACGUGCACUAUCUCCGGGCUGCACGCGAGCGGGACCAGGCGCGCUUGAACCGCUCACAGGAGCGAUUGCGCCUCUUGGAACGCCAGCGAGACGAGCUCGAGCAGCGAGACCGGCUGAGGAGAGUCAUGUCGCGGCUCUCGAGGCUGUCGGACAACAACUAUGGCGACCGCGUCCCUAGCCAGAACAGCCUGUACGACUGGUCGCCCGCCAACGAUGCCGCUCCUGGAGCGCCUGAGAGCUCCUUGAGGUCGACUGCCAUUCUGCAGUCGGCAGGCGUGCGUCGACACCCACGCUUCUCUGCGCGCACCAGAGAAGCCGCCACGACGACGACGGGCAGCGAAGCACCGCCACGCCACGUUUCGCAUCGCAGUCUACGGGACAUGCUUGCCGCGAGAUCGAGCCUCUUCAACGAGUCGUCGGAGCGAGACCGCCAGUCGAGCGCACGCCAGCGAUCAAACGAGAACAGAAUGUCCCCCAUGCUGGAGCAGACUGUCAAGUAUCUUUCGCGCAUACGACACUGCCAAUCCGAAGACGAGAGCUGGGAGCGUGCGCGAGACGCCGGCAUCCUGACCAAGGACUACUUCUUACAGCACGCAGACUUCGUCGCCGACACGUCGCACAUAGCUCCGCCCACCGAGACGUCGUGGCUAGCGCCAGGGGCAAUACUCUCGGGCUGUCAGCAUGCGACGACUAUGCCAGCCGUCACCACUUCGUACAGUCGGCACGCGGGGCUCCCACCACCCAUCCGGCCGUGGAUAUGGAACCCCUCCGAAGCCUCGACGAGCCGGACCUCGCACCACUCUGACGCGCAACCGCACCAGGACCGAUGGCCGGUCAAGGUCACAAUACACGACGUGGACUGGGACCAAAUGUCCCUCUCCGCAACCAUGGAAGCGUAUAACGUACCCUCCCACCCGCAUUCGCACACUAUCUUCCCCACCAACAACACCACGCCGCCCGUCACACGCACUUCCUCGAUAACCACCUACCUCGAAGGCGAAAUCCUCGACUUCAACACCCACACCCUCCUCACCGAAUCCUUCAAAUCAAACGCCGCAAACGACGCCACAUACUGGCGCAAGCUGCCGCCCUUCCAGAAGAUGAGCGACGAAGACGUCGUCCGCGCACUCACGAGCAAGAAGUGGCUUACCGAAGUCCUUGGCCAGGACUGGAUACUCAUGCGCUGGAAAGAGCGAUGUUUCGUAAAGAGUCUGAACCGCAGCACACCCGAUCCCGUUCAACCACCGCCCUCCACCACGAUACCCUCUUCGUUUCCUACCGCCGACGCCGGUCCAGCGCCCAAUCCCUGGGCGGCGACGGGUUCCGCAAACUACGUCCCCGCCACUUCCAACACCUCUGCACAACCCUCCCCGCAACUCCAACCUUCGCCCUACCGGAUAGUCCGCAAUGCGCAAACGGGUCGAGCCGAAGUCGAAAUCACACCACAACCCCUCUUCAAUGCAAUAACCAACGAUGCAGAACACGCUACCUUUGACGACUCCGGCUGCGGGCUUACAAUUAGUGGCUUCUACUACGUUGCGCUCGAUCGGAGGAACGGCAUGCUGGAGGGAUUAUAUUAUGAUCCGCAGAGCAGUCCGUAUCAGUGUUUGAAGUUAGAAAGUGUGAAUGGCGGGCUAAGGAGUGCUUGGGGAUUUAGGUGA